UCCAGCGCUAAUCUCAAUCCCCAUUUUAACCGAAAAUAACCCAAAUCCCAAUCCAAACAAACUUACAAAAGCCAUGAAUAAAAUGUGCUUUAAACAGAACAGAAAUUAUGACAUUUUUAUGAGCAGAGAAAAAAAGAAGAAGAAUAGGGACAAAACCAAAAGUAAAAAAUAAACAUUGUAAUAAUUAGAUUAGAGGGAGUCUGGAAGAAUAGAGAACAACAAACAGGUUUCAGUGUGAGUGUGUGUGUGAGUGGAAGAAGUGGAAGUGGGGGGGUCAGAUAUUGUUAUAAGUGGUAGUUCAUUUGUUUGUUUUUGUUUCCAUGAUGUUGAUGACAUGAGCUUAAGAGUCUUUAUUAGUUUGGAAUCUCCUGUGUGUGGGUCUAUAGCAACAGCAAUUUGCGGGCUGAACUGUGUUUGUUUCAAGGAACAUAUAGUAUAAUUGGUUUAGUUUAAAUUAAGGUUGGAGAAAUAGGAAGGCAAGAAGAAGUAUAUUCCAGGGUAUAAGUGAUUGAGACUUAGAAGUUUAAUCAUGUCAGUAGCAUUACUAUGGGUUGUCACCCCAAAUGUAGAGAUAUCCAAUUGCUUUGGUUUCUUCGAUUCAGUCCGAGAUGGAAACUGGCUUUUAGAGUCAUCAAGAUUUAUAUCCCAAGAUUGGGGAUCGAUUAGAGCAAAGAAGAGUAGGAAACAGAAAUGGAGGUCUUGCUCUCUUAGUACGGAUUUGAAGUAUUCAUGUGUUGGUGAGUCAGGCUUAGAGAGCGGAAACAACUUCCGUGUAUUAUCAAGCAUGGUAGCCAACACUGCAGGAGAAAUGACAAUCUCAUCAGAACAGAAGGUUUAUGAUGUGGUGCUGAAGCAGGCAGCCCUGGUUAAGAAGCAAUUGAGGUCUAGUGUGGAUCUUGAUGUGAGACCAGAUAUUGUACUUCCCGGAAAUCUGAGCUUGUUGAGUGAAGCUUAUGAUCGUUGUGGAGAAAUCUGCGCAGAGUACGCAAAAACGUUUUACCUGGGAACUCUGCUAAUGACCCCUGAAAGGCGAAGGGCUAUCUGGGCAAUAUAUGUGUGGUGUAGGAGGACAGAUGAGCUUGUUGAUGGACCUAAUGCUUCACACAUCACACCAACAGCUUUAGAUAGAUGGGAGUCACGGUUGGAAGAUCUUUUUCAAGGUCAGCCAUUUGAUAUGCUUGAUGCUGCUUUAUCAGAUACAGUUGCCAAAUUCCCUGUUGAUAUCCAGCCAUUCAAAGAUAUGAUUGAAGGAAUGAGAAUGGACCUAAGGAAGUCAAGAUACAAAAAUUUUGAUGAUCUUUAUCUCUAUUGUUAUUAUGUUGCUGGGACCGUUGGAUUAAUGAGUGUUCCGGUUAUGGGCAUUGCACCUGAGUCACAAGCAACGACAGAGAGUGUAUAUAAUUCUGCCUUGGCAUUAGGGAUUGCAAAUCAGCUAACCAACAUACUCAGGGACGUUGGAGAAGAUGCUACAAGAGGAAGAAUUUAUCUACCACAGGAUGAGCUUGCUCAGGCAGGGCUUUCAGAUGAGGACAUAUUUGCUGGAAAGGUGACAGACAAAUGGAGAAACUUCAUGAAGAAUCAAAUAAAGAGGGCAAGGAUGUUCUUUGACGUUGCAGAGAAAGGGGUGAAAGAGCUGAGUGCAGCUAGUAGAUGGCCGGUAUGGGCGUCCUUGCUAUUGUACAGCCAAAUAUUGGAUGAGAUUGAAGCUAAUGACUACAACAACUUCACCAAGAGGGCUUAUGUAAGCAAAGGCAAGAAGUUGCUUGCUUUGCCGAUUGCAUAUACAAGAGCUCUCAUCCCACCAUCAACGACACUGUCUCUGUUGACUAAGACAUGAAUUAAUCUUGAACAUUGUAUAAAAUUCUACUACUUUGUUAUACAGGGAAAAAUAUUGUAAAAAAAAUUGUAUAUUAUGAAAUCUUAUAUUUGCAGCUA